AUGGUGGCCAACAAAGAAGACACGCGAGAAGAACUCGCGAUGAUGAUGGAAACCGAUCACGAAGAUGCGUUGUUGGAUGAAAAACUCCUCUUAAUGGAUGAACCGUCGUGCGUUCAACGCUGGCUGUCGUUUGAAAACGAAAAAAAGAACAACGGCGAUGAAUCCUUGAACAGAGAGAUCGAGACGUAUCGGAAACUGAUUCAAAACGAGCUCGAGAAAGGAGCACAUUUUCUAAAAAAUUCCUCCUCGACUGGCAGUAGUUUUCCUUCGUUUUUGCAGUUGCAGUUGGAGACGACGACGACGACGAUCGAGGACGAUAUCGCGGACGGCACCGGGAACGAAAUGGGAGAGGAUGGGGAAGCCGCGGCGACGAAUGCUCAUAACGCGAAUACCGGCGAGGAGGAGGAAGCGGAGACGUACGACGUGGAUUUGAUCGACCCGAAGGAGUGGAUGGUACCGCCGCAGUGCAUUCCGGUGCACGCGAACGUGACAACGUUCGAUUGGAAACCGAUGUACGAACACACGAAAUUUGACGUCAUCAUGAUGGAUCCUCCGUGGCAGUUGGCCACGGCGAAUCCAACGAGAGGCGUGUCGUUGGGGUACUCGCAACUCACCGACGCGCACAUCGCGAACCUUCCGAUUCCAGAGUUGCAAGAAAACGGCUUCUUGUUCGUGUGGGUAAUCAAUGCAAAAUACCAGUGGUGUUUGAACCAGUUUAAAAAGUGGGGCUACGAGUUUGUGGAUGAAAUCGCGUGGGUGAAAGUGACCAACUCGAGGAGAUUGGCCAAAUCGCACGGGUUUUACUUGCAACACGCGAAGGAGGUGUGUUUGGUGGCCAGGCGAGGGAAAGAUCCACCCGGUACGACUUUGAACGGGAAGACGGCUUCGGACGUGAUUUUUGCGGCAAGACGAGGCCAAUCGCAAAAACCGACGGAGAUUUACGAAUUGAUCGAACAGUUGGUGCCGAAUGGGAAAUAUCUGGAGAUUUUCGCGAGGAAGAAUAACUUGAGAGAUUACUGGGUGAGCGUCGGGAACGAGGUGACCGGGACCGGGUUACCGCCGGAGGACGUAAAGGCGUUUGCAGAGGUGGGCGCCGUCCCGGCUGCAAAGUACGGCGCGGCUGCUCAAAAGUAA